AUGGCGUUGCGUGCUGCUGCUUCUUCAUCCCAUCUAGUAGAAUUAGCCCGCAAAUUUCCCGUUCUGUCUUCAGGAAUUGUUGUUUACCUGGUAGGAACUCAUUGGGUCGGUGCCGGGGUGGAGGCCCUCUAUGUUAUGCCUUAUGCGAGAGACAGAGAUUCAAAGCAGCAAAAGGGAAAGGCCAACAACUUGUGCCCGAUGCUGGACUCUUCCAGACAGGCCACUCAUACAUUCCAUUACAACUGGGAACAUGGCUAUUGGCACCUCAUAAGAGCGGUUCCUGCUUCUGCCCUUCCACCCUACCCUCAGCAAGCAUACAGCGGCUUCGACGCUGCUCAUCGCUCAUCACAGGCCAUGCCGUUGCGCAAGGCCGACUCAAAUGUCGAUAGUGCAGUCUUUCGUUGGAUAAAAGCAGCAGCUUUGGCCCAGUCUGACAGAGUCCCCCGAAAGCGCGGAUAA